GGUUAAAUUACGAUGACUGCGCUGCGAGGAGAGAAGUUCUAUCGCUGUUGCCGUCUCUCGGGUUGAUACAUUCGGGAGAUCCAAUCACUGUGCUGGAAGGGACGUUGGUUGCAGGCUGCAGCUUACUUUGCCGUACUGCGACUGUAUAUACUCAACGGUCACAUUCUCUCAUUUCGUUCCUACUAUCAAACUUGGAAACAAAGCGAUGGCUGGAAAUUCGCGAGCGAUGUUGUUGCUCUUCUCUCUCUUGCUCCUCAUCAUCUCAGUCCUCUGCUUGUCCCUGAAAUCAGCAGCCAUCAAUAGGUACAACACUACCACUGAUCAUGGACACAGCACAAGCAGCGUCCGUCUUGAGAAAGAGUUUCCGGGUCAAGACCUUCCUCUAGCGAAUUAUCCAGCUGAGCUAGGCCUAAGUACAUCCAACGCUCUCUUUACUGCUGCAGGCACAAGCUUAGUAUCUGCUUUGGUUGUUUUCUUACUAUCUGUUCGGUCUAUGGUCAAACGGAAAGCGCUUCAGCUUGUAUGGUACCAGCGCAGAGCACUGACAUUCGCUUUCGCUGCGAAUACCAUAAUCGUGCUCGCUGUAUGCAUCUUUGUUUUCGUUCAACACAGCAAAUCUGCAUCCUUCUCUCUCAACUAUCGCAACUUAAAUAACGAUUUCGGAUCUGGUGGUGUAUACAACGGCGGACUCUUCGAUCUCGAGGCAUGGGCAUGCGGUGUUGCGGAUCUGGCCUCGUUCCAAGGCUAUGAUUGGGGUUUGAAGGACCAGUGUAUGCUGGAGAGUGGCAGUCGGGCGUGCUCACUUCUUCUGGUUGUAUUCGCUGCGAUUGUUGCGGGGUGUGUAUGGUGGGAUACAAGGUACGGGAAUAUGGUGAUCACGAAUUGGAAAGGUAUAGAUACGGAUGAGGAGUUGAGCUAUGAACUAUGUCGUGGGACUUUUGAGAUGAGGGGAAUGAAGUUUGAGGAGGAUGAUCACAAGGGGUAGAAGUGGCACGGUGGUUAAGGGUUUACAGUCUGAGCAUCCUUAAGUAUUGACAUAUCAUAUACCACUUUUAUCACUGUCUAGUCGUGCUUUGCUAAUAGGAUUUAUCUCAGGCUAAAAAAGAGCAAGUCAAUAUGCAAGCUUAUUACACGAGACCGGAACCUUAUCCACAGGGGGACUGGGAUUGCUUGUGGGUAAUUUGUUUGCGACAAUAAUUGUAUGGACUAGGACCAGAUAGUCGAAUUGCGUGUAGA